AUGAAAGAUAUUAAGUUAAAUUGUAUUUGCUUCAAGGAACUAUUGGUAACCAAGAGGGAUGCUCAAAGUGAAAAUGUGAGUUUCCUCUUUUGUCCAGAUCUGUGCUCUCACUGAGGGGAACGCUGGCUGUCUGACCAGUCACACGCGCAACCAUGACGCGUGAACACUGCUUUCUAGGCUUCCUCAUCAGUGUCUCCCUGGCUGGUGUAGUAGAAACUCAGCCCGCCCAUAAGUCUCUGAAGCCUCAGAGAGUACAUUUCCAGUCCCGAAAUUUUCACAACAUUUUGCACUGGCAGCCUGGGAGGGCUGCUGCCAGCAACAGCAGUGUCUACUUUGUGCAGUAUAAAAUAUAUGGACAGAGACAAUGGAGAAAUAAAGAGGACUGUUGGGGUAUUCGAGAAUUCUUUUGUGACCUUACGAAUGAAACCUCUGAGAUACAGGAGGCUUAUUACGGGAGGGUGAGGACAGCCUCGGCUGGCAUCCAAUCAGGCUGGACCAUGACACAGCGGUUCAUUCCCUGGUGGGAAACAAAAAUAGAUCCUCCAGUUAUGAAUGUAACCCAAAUUAAUGGAUCCUUGUUGGUGAUUCUCCAUGCUCCAAAUAUACCAUAUAGAAACCAAAAAGGAAAAAAUGUGUCAAUGGAAAAUUACUAUGAGCUAGUAUACCGAGUCUUUAUAAUUAAUAAUUCACUAGAAAAGGAGCAAAAGGUAUAUGAAGGGACGCACAGAGUUGUUGAAAUUGAAGCUCUAACACCUCACACUGGUUACUGUGUAGUAGCUGAAAUAUAUCAGCCCAUGCUAGACAGAAGAAGUCAGAAAAGUGAAGAGAGAUGUGUGGAAAUGCCUUAAAGUGGUGUGGAGUGCUCUGCCAUACAGAAAUCAGCAGCUCUCUGAGAAUGGGAUGGCUCCUGUUUGAAGGAUCUCAUUGAAAAGUUUUUGUGUUUUCUUAAAGCAACAUGGCACUUCGGGUACUUCUUUGUUUAACCAUUCUUUCUCCCUUUAUAUUUUAUUUGUAAAGUAAAUUUAAGCAAUACCUAUCCCUCCAAAAACAAACAAACAAAAACAUUAGAAUUUAAAGAAGUGGCAGAAAAUAAGGGCUCUAUGAAAUAUAGACCUUUCUUUCUGAAUAUAACUCCCCUAACAAUCCCCAUUCUUCUAAAAAAAUUUAAGAACUAAAGAAUCGUAGGCAUUUAACAAACUUUUGUUGAAUUAAUUUUUUUUACAAAUAUCAUUAUA